AUGAGUGUAGUAGGGAAGAUCUGUAGUGAUGAUGGACUUAAAAUAACCAGCACAACAACCGGUGAAUUAUUUUUAGAUCAACAGGAUGAGAUUUACAAUACGAUAGAGUCUAAAAAUAACUCGAUUAUUUCUCCAGACGUAAUACCAUCCUGUUCGCCGGGAAUUUUCCGACAAAAAUCAUUUCGGACAUCUUCAACGGAAGCUGAAGUUACUAAGAUAUCAUCAGAGAACCUGGGUAUACCUUUAUCACCAGGUAAUCAUCAUCAGUGCAGUCAUAUUAGUCCCAAGGAGCACAACUCCGUUAUAAUUACCAAUCACUCUGUGUCUAACAACAAAAAUUACAAAAACAUCAACAACAACAAUAACAACAAUACCAAUAAUAAUAAUAAUAACAACAACAACAAUAAUAAUAAUAAUACUCGAAAAAAUAAUAAAAACACUAGUAGUAAUUUAACGUUAAGUGGUGGAGGUUUUCGUAAUUGGGGAUUGAAAAACACCGGCAAGCAUUCACGUCUAACUACGGUCCUGUCAAAUAAAAUGGCGUCGACGAGCACGACAGCGGUUGUUCAGGGCUGGCCAAAUACCAAAGACGAUUAUGAAUUAAAAGAGGUUAUAGAAAAGUGUGCGAUAAAGCGCAUAAAUUUGGAAAAAUGGAAUACGAGUAUGGACGAGUUGUUGAAAGAAAUCCAGGCGAUGUCAUCCUGCAAUCACGAGAACGUGGUGACCUAUUACACGUCUUUUGUCGUAAAAGAAGAGCUAUGGCUGGUAUUAAGACUUCUUGAAGGCGGUUCGCUGCUGGAUAUCAUAAAACAUAAAACAAGAACUACUAAUUGUAAACACGGAGUGUUUGAUGAGGCUACAAUAGCAACAGUACUUCGUGAAAUAGCAGAUUUUGGUGUCAGCGCCUGGUUAGCAACUGGACGUGAUUUAAGUAGACAAAAAGUUCGACAUACUUUCGUCGGUACACCUUGUUGGAUGGCACCGGAAGUCAUGGAGCAGGAUCAUGGGUAUGAUUUCAAAGCUGACAUAUGGUCGCUGGGGAUUACUGCCAUUGAAAUGGCAAGUGGUACAGCUCCUUAUCACAAGUAUCCGCCGAUGAAGGUUCUUAUGCUUACGUUACAAAACGACCCACCGACACUGGAUACCGCUGCUGAUGAAAAAGAUCAAUACAAAGCUUACGGUAAAACAUUUCGUAAGAUGAUUGUUGAUUGUUUACAAAAGGACCCUACUAAAAGGCCGUCAGCAACAGAAUUAUUAAAGCAUCCGUUCUUCAAAAAAGCUAAAGAUAAAAAAUACUUGCAACAAACACUAGUUGCAAUUGGACCUAGCCUCGAGACUCGUGUACAAAAGGCGUCUAAACGACAACCCGGAACAUCUGGUCGUUUGCAUAGAACGGUCACCGGCGAGUGGGUAUGGUCGUCGGAGGAAGAGGACAGCGGGGCUUCUAGUGGGGAUGAGGGUAAAGAAACCUUACCUGUUAAUACUAUUGACAAUGUUAGCAGUGAAGAGGAGGCUGCUGACCAGGAAGAUUCCGAAGGUCAAGUACGAGCAGCCAUGAGUCGCGUGGCUCUUCAGUCUGCUGAGCAAAAUAUUCCUAUUAAUCUUGUUCUUAGAUUACGACGUCCAGACACCCAAUUCUCCUUUGACAAUGAUCCUUUUUUCCUGCUUCCUAAUCAAAAUCAAAAGAGGGAAUUAAAUGACAUUAGAUUCGAAUUUGCUGUUGGUGUCGAUUCUGCAGAAGGUAUUGCAGCUGAAUUAGUAGGAGCUGGUCUAGUCGACGGUAAAGAUAUCGUUGUUAUAGCCGCUAAUUUACAAAAACUUAUCGACAGUGCUGGACAAUUACGUACUGUAACCUUUUCAUUGAAUUCUGGUCAUGCUCCCAAUGAAAUACCUGAUGAUAAAGCAUUAAUUGGAUUUGCUCAGAUUUCAAUAACCGAUUAG